AUGAAAGGCGUUCUUCCCCCUUCGGAGCCGACUCUGAAGCCACCAAAGCAAGAGACAUCGAAGCCACAGCAAGUACCCACUGCGCCACAGCAACAACCACCGCAAAGACCACGGAGACAACGUGAUGCACCAAGGAAGAAAGUCGAUUAUACGCCGAUACCAAGAAUACCUGCGCCAUUACCUUCAGCAAAUCCUAUUCCACCUUCAAAAUCCGAUCCUCUCCCUUCCCUCACCUGUUCCCCAACCCCAACUCCUUCCUCCUCCAGAGUUCCAGCCAGUGCCAGCCGAGAGAGAACCGAAACAGCCAGUGACUGUGUUACGAUCACAGUAGAUGGGAUCCUUAUUCUCUUUGAGAAGUUGACAGGAAAACCUAUCGACAGGCACACCUGA